AUGACUUGCUCAAUUUGUAGGGAAAAAGGCCACAACAAAAAAAGGUGUCCUAAUAGGGACAGAGCUAUUGUGCAAGAGCCACCACAAAAGAGGCCAAUGGGUAGGCCUAGGAAAGACUCCCAAUCAUCAACCCAAGCACAACCAUCUGCUACAAGUACUGUCACAGCAGAACCUAGUAGGAUAGGGAGAGGUGGAAGGGUUAUUAGGGGUGGCAGAGGGUCAAGAGGGUCAAGAGGUGGUGGUAACACAAGUGGAAGAGGAGAUGGGGAAGGAAGAGGCAGGGGUGCUGGUUCAACUGCCACAACAGCAACUGGUGGAAGAGGUGGUGAAGGCAGAGGCAGAGGCAGGGGAAGGGGAAGAGGUAGAGGUCGAGGAAGGGUACCUGUUGGUGUUGGUGUCUAUCAAGGGAUGGAUGGACAAGCCUAUAUUAAUGUUCCUGGACAGAGAGGAGGACCUAGAUCUAUCUUGGAUCCUUCAUUUUCAGGUUCAACUAACAUCACAUCAACACAACAAUCAAACAAUUCUCCCCACUAG